AUGACUUCUUGUGUCCAUACCUCCAUAGGUGAUCCAGAACGCAGAACCAAGAUGUAUAAGUUGGCGGUGAUGGGCACUGGUUCUGUGGGCAAGAGUGCACUGACCAUGCAGUUUCUUGAGAAUCGUUUUGUGACCGAGUAUGACCCCACCAUUGAAGAUUCCUACCGGAAGCAAACAGUGGUGGACGAAGAGCCGUGCCAGCUGGACAUCCUGGAUACCACAGACAUAGAAGAGCACUAUCCUCUGAGAGACCAGUUCAUGCUUUGGGGAGAGGGAUUCCUCUUUGUCUAUGCAGUAAAUGACCGCAACUCUUUUGAGAAUUUGAAUUUCUUUUGGCAACAUCUGCGGAGGCUCAAGCAAACCGCCCGAGUACCUGUGGUGUUGGUGGCCAACAAAGUAGAUGUGACCGACAGGCUUGUGGAAACCACACUGGGCCAGGAGGUGGCCAGGAGUUUAGGGGUCCCUUAUGUGGAGACAUCAGCCAAGACUGGGCAAGGUGUGGAGCAAGCCUUCCAUGAGCUGGUUCGUGAAAUUCGGAGGAUCCGAGCUGAGGAGGAACUCAAGAGAGUCUCUAAUACUGAGGAGAAGGAGGCUUGUGGGUGCAAAUGUUGCACCAUCCAGUGA